AAAAUACACCACAAUUCACGAUGGUAUGAAAAAAGAAAACCACAACAAAAUACGCAAAAUUUGCAUCCUUUAACAGAAAGCAGAAAAGGGCAGAGUAAUCCAAAUGUUAAUUAAAAUGUCUCGUUGUCGGUCCAAAUCCGCAAGGGAGGAGUAAUGAGUGUGUUUUGCGCUUUUUUUCUUUCUUUCUUGUUCAGCACAGAAACCCUCCAUCCUUUUACCAUUCCUUCAUUUCCGAUGUGAAAAAUUCCAAGUUUCUUCAUUAGUGACAGUCAAUUAGGAAGCCAUGGUUGGUGCUCUGUCUCACGCCUUGCCAAGCAUUCCGUCUUCUUGUUGCCUUUGCCGAAUCGAUAAUCACAAGGAAGAUCACAAGCUCUGCGUUUGGGGUUUCUCCACCUCCAGAGAAAGAAGCGCCUCUGGAAUCGGAAUUGUUCGGGUUUACAAGAGGAGCCUCUUGGGUGAUAACCUCACCGGGCGCUGGACUCUCAACGCACUCGACACCCACAUUGGUGUCGAGACUGCUCCUCGUCACACCACCGUUGAAAUCCCCGUCACCUGUUACCAGCUUAUUGGCGUUCCUGCUAAGGCUGAGAAAGAUGAGGUUGUUAAAUCAGUGAUGGAAUUGAAGAGUGCCGAAAUUGAAGAAGGCUACACUUUGGAUACAGUCCGAUCUCGCCUGGGUCUCUUAACGGAUGUGAGAGAUAAGCUUCUUUUUGAACCAGAAUACGCUGGCAAUAUUAAGGAAGAGAUCCCACCUAAAUCUUCCCUACGAAUCCCUUGGGCGUGGUUGCCGGGUGCUCUUUGCCUUCUUCAAGAGGUUGGGGAAAUUAAGCUUGUGCAAGAUGUUGGCCGCGUGGCUGUUCAGCAUCCAGAUGCUAAGCAGUAUAUUCAUGAUCUUCUUCUUUCUAUGGCAUUAGCAGAGUGUGCAACUGCAAAGGUUGGUUUUGAGAAGAACAAGGUGUCCCAAGGAUUUGAAGCUCUAGCUCGCGCUCAGUGUCUUCUAAGGAGUAGAAAGUCUCUUGGUAAAAUAGCAUUGUUGUCUCAGAUAGAAGAAUCUUUGGAGGAGCUUGCACCUGCUUGUACAUUGGAAUUGCUUGGCAUGUCUCACUCACCUGAGAAUGCGGAAAGAAGACGAGGAGCAAUUGCAGCCUUGCGUGAAUUGGUCAGGCAGGGACUUGAUGUGGAAACUUCAUGCCGGGUCCAAGACUGGCCAUGCUUCUUGACCCAAGCCCUGAAUAGACUAACAGCUUCAGAGAUAGUUGAUCUUCUUCCAUGGGAUGACUUAGCUAUUACAAGGAAGAACAAGAAAUCACUUGAAUCACAGAAUCAACGGGUUGUAAUUGAUUUUAAUUGUUUCUAUGUGGUGUUAUUAGCUCAUAUUGCACUGGGUUUUUCAAGCAAGCAAAAGGAAUUGAUUGAGAAAGCAAAAUCUGUAUGUGACUGCCUGAUUGCAUCAGAGGGUGCUGAUCUGAAACUUGAGGAAGCUUUUUGCUUGUUCCUUCUUGGUCAGGGUGAUGAGGCUGCCGUUGUUGAAAAGCUUCAGAAGCUGGAGUUGAACUCAAGUUCUGCUGCACGAAAUUCAAUCGUAGGGAAGGAAGUUAAGGAUACUUGUGGUGCAACACAAUCAUUGGAAAUGUGGCUGAAGGAUGCUGUCCUUGCUGUGUUUCCAGACUCACGAAAUUGCCCUCCAUCGUUGGCCAACUUUUUUGGUGGUGACAAGAGAACUCCUCUGAGCAAGAAAAGCAAAGUAGCUCCACAGAAUUUGCCUAUCAUAAGUCAAAGACCAAUGUCCGCUACUUUUGUUUCAGAACGGAGAGAUUUUGAUAAAUGUUUUUCCCAUAUGAACUCUUCUCAAUAUCUUGGAACAGCUGUUAAGCAGUUGGCUCCAACUGAUAUGCGAAGUCCCUUGAUAUUGGGCAAGACUGGCAGUGGAACCAGUGCCAUUGCAUCAUCUGUUCAAUUGGAAAGGAAUCUUGGCAUGGACCGCAGUAAAGUUUGGGAUGGUUGGUUUGCGAGAGGAGUUUUGGUUGGAAGGAUCACUUUAGUUGGAGUACUGGGGUGCAUUGUUUUUGCUACCUUAAGAUUAACAGGAUUGAAGGGAAAUGUGAUGAGAAGUGCUUCUAAACAGGCCUCCAGUAAGCGAAAUAUGCACACAAGUUCUAUUGCUUGGACAACAAAUCCAUCUGCGGAUUCUAAUCUUGUCCCUGCUUAUAUCAAGGGGAAUGGACUAGCUGGCAGAUUUAAGAAGCUUUUGGUGACUUUUAUGAAGCCGGUGGGGACCUUCUCAGAUGCUGGAAAUCGGCAGAUUCCGUAUUUGUCCUCUUCAACAGCUGUGUUCCGGAGACUUAUGUCUAUUGAAGAAGCUAAAGACCUUGUGAAGCAAUGGCAAGCAAUUAAAGCUGAAGCUCUGGGGCCCACUCAUGAAGUUCACAGCCUCUCUGAAAUCCUUGAUGACUCAAUGCUUGUUCAGUGGCAGGCUUUGGCUGAUGCUGCAAAAGCAAGGUCUUGUUAUUGGAAGUUUGUCUUGCUACAACUGUCUGUCGUACAUGCUGAGAUUUUAUCAGAUGAAGUUGGAGGAGAAACCGCAGAGGUUGAGGCUGUCGUAGAGGAAGCGGCUGAACUUGUUAAUGAAUCUGAGCAAAAGAACCCAAGUUAUUACAGCACCUAUAAAAUUUGGUAUGUUCUAAGAAGGCAAGAAGACGGUUCGUGGAGGUUCUGUGAAGGGGAAGUGCAGACACCAUCAUAACAUUGGCCUAGCCUAGUUGCUGCUGUAAGCUUGAACCAUCCACGCCGAAUAAUGCUUUUUUAACUUGGUUCCUUCCUCCUAUCUGUAUUUUUUCUUUUGGAGGAGAGGUCCCAACUAAUUGGAGAUGUGGAUCUAAAUUUAGGGAGUUUUUUUGUUUUUUUUUUUUCCUUCGCAGAAGUAUGAAAAUGGUUUGUGUUCGAUAAUUCUUUUAGUUGUGAUUAUGUUGAUACAUUGUUUACAUGUAGCUGGAAUAGAAUGAGCAUUGCUUUCA